GCGGGUGUUUCGGGCAUGGCCGCGUUACGUCGUGCCGGCUCUGCGGGGCUGGGGUGCUCGGUGUCAGGGCAGAAGACGGGCCAGGCCCCGCUCGCCGGCUCGAGUGCUGCUCUGUUACACAGCGCCUUCUGUGCCUGCUCUCUGCCGCGAACGUGGGUGCUGCAGAACGGCCUGGGGCUGCUCCGCACGGUCGGGGCGGGUGGUGUGGCAGAGCUGUCUCCUUCCUCCCCGUGCCCGGUGGCUGCCGUGAGGGCUGGCGGGAGCUGCACAUCGCGGCUCUCCCGAGCCCUCGGACAGCGGCUCCCGCAGAGACAGCGCGCAGUACGAACGCAGCCGUGCCUCCCGAACGGGUCCUCUGCUCCAUCUUUCCGUCAAAGAACUGCUUACAUUGCUUCGUUAAAGGCGGGAUCUUUGAUGACAACAAAGCUUUCACAGCCACAGUCUACACUGGCAAAAAGCCUAACUUCAACAAGUACAAAUGCUCCCUAUUUUAAAGCAUUAGAAAGUACAGAAAUUCCACCUUACCUGACUAAUUGUCCCAGCAACGGGCUUUGCAGUAGACUGCCACCAGACUGCAUGACAUGUAACACAAACUAUUCCUGUAUAUAUGGGAAGACGGCAACUUUUGAUUGCAAAGUCAAGCCACAUGUUCAUUGUGUUGAUGAGAAUAAUCACGAGCAGGAGAGCUUUACAAUUAACAUGACGUGCCAGUUUUGCUGGCAGCUUGCCACAAGUGAUUAUGUCUGUACCAAUUCCACAAACUGCAUGACAGUUUCCUGCCCUCGACAGCGAUACAAUGCAACUUGCACAGUCCGGGAUCACAUUCAUUGUCUAGGUAACCGUGUCUUUCCUAAGAUGCUCUAUUGCAACUGGACUGGAGGUUAUAAGUGGUCUACUGCUUUGGCACUAAGCAUCACCCUUGGUGGAUUUGGUGCUGAUCGUUUCUAUUUGGGUCAGUGGCGGGAAGGUCUGGGAAAACUCUUCAGCUUCGGUGGACUUGGAAUAUGGACACUAAUUGAUGUGCUGCUAAUAGGUGUUGGCUAUGUGGGACCUGCAGAUGGAUCUCUCUAUAUUUAAAUGUGGGUGCAAUGUGUUUCAGAGAGGAGUCGUUGUCUGCAAAGGGCCCUAAAUAAACAAGUGUGGAGGUUUGAGCCUUUAAGGUAGAAUGAAGAACAACUGUUCGUUCUGUAUGUGCAUACAUUUUAAUGUACAGUAUCUGUACUUGGUUUGCCUUUAACUAAGGUCAAAUAAAAGAGUGGAUCACUGA